AUGGCUGCAUCUUCUACUUCGUCCGCGACACCCACGGCUACACCUUCGAAUAACUCGAACAACCUUCCUCCAGGAGGAGGGAAUGGUGGGCCGACAAGCUCGCCUCUGCUGUUCUUCGUGGCUCUUGGAUUUGGUGUCGUGUUUACGAAUCUAUGGAUCAUCGUAGGAGUUAAGUACUGCUUCCGAUACAAUCAGCGCAACCGACGAGCACAAGCAUUCAAUGAAAAUGGCGAUCCGAUUGACCUUGCGACCAUGCCUAGGCCGCACAGAAGAAGAAGAGAGAAGAAGCUCAUGUCCAUGGAGGAGGUGAACGAACGCUUCCCGCUUACGAAGUACAAGACAUUUUGCGCAUCACGAGAGGCCGAAGGAUUACCGGCUGCUGGAGGUGUGACCGCACCACCUAGUCGUGCAGCAAGUCUGAGAGAUGUGGAAGGUGCGAUUGCAGCAAAAGAGGUCAGAGCAUCCGGGGAUACUGCACGGCCUGCGACGGCUCUAAGCAUUGCGCAACACGAUCAUGCCGAAGCCGCGACAACGGCAGGCGCUGAGCGGCCUUCUAUGCAAGCCGGUGCCGACGACAAGAGCGCACCAGCACCUCCGCUUGAAAAGGCCGCCUUGAUGCGUAGUGAGACCGCAGAUACCGAAGAAACGGCACGACGAAAUGGCUCAGCUGGUACAGCCGCCGAAGAAGACAUGGACGAAGACGAUCCCAUCCGCACCGCCGCACCACCAGAAAUGCUCGCUGUACCAGGUGACGCCUGCGCCAUCUGCCUCGACACCCUCGAAGACGACGACGAUGUUCGCGGUCUGACCUGCGGCCAUGCCUUCCACGGCGCCUGCGUAGACCCCUGGCUCACCUCACGCCGUGCCUGCUGUCCGCUAUGCAAAGCAGAUUACUUCGUCGCAAAACCUCGUGCCGACGGCGGAGCUGGUGACGAUCUGCUCUCCUCAGCCGGCAACCGAAGACCAGUCCGCGGAGUCGGUAUGCCCACCGCACCUGCGCCAACAUGGAUAGGGGGGCGAGCUGGUACGCUCUUUCGCCCUAGGACGAUUUUCACCGGACCGCGUUUCUUCCUCAACGACGAGAUGGAGGGCGAAGAUGCGGCACGACAGGCUGCGUUGGCUGAACAGCAAGCACAGAUUAGGCACGAGAGGUGGCGAACGCCUGCUAUGAGGAUGUUUGGGCUGUUUAGGCGGCCUGCUGCUCCACCACCGGCGACUACGAAUCCUCACGGGUCUGUGGAAGAGACGGGUGUAACACCUGCUGCUCUUGAGGCCGGCGUUAGGACUGUACGGUAG